AUGAAGGAGAUGGUAAUUUCUAAAGAGGAAGGAAAGCAAACUGAGUUACUUAUUCUUCGUCAAGAAAUCUCUAAAUACCGGAAAAAAUUGAAAGACUUAAUGGAACAAGAUGAAAGGGAGAGUAAAAUUAUUCAAGAAUUAAAUAAGGCUAAAAGAGAAAAAGUUCAAGCAGAAAGGGAGUUAAUUAAUUGUCAACAAAAAGAAGUUGAUUUGACUAAGGCAGCCAAGAUAAAGUAUUCUAUUUUUCCAAUAAUAGAAAGCAAGAUUGAUAGAUUAGAAAAGGAAGCUGGUACCAAUACUCUGAGAAGAUAUUUUGUUAAUAAAGAAGAUAUUGCUUUAACCAUUGCUAGGAAGUGCGAUUUACCUGUGGGAAAAGUAUUAGUUGAUGAGCAGCAAAAAUUGCUUUUUCUACCGGCGAUCCUACAACGGAGAGUAAAGGGUCAAAAUCAAGCUUUAAGAGUAGUUACUGACGCUAUUUUUAGAGCGCGAUCAGGAAUACAAGAUCCUAGUCGCCCCUUGGCCUCUUUUUUGUUCGUAGGGCCAACCGGAGUAGGAAAAACUGAGGUAGCGCUAACGAUUGCUGAACAACUUUUUGAUCAAAGCAAGAACCUUAUUCGUUUGGAUAUGACUGAAUUUUCGGAACCUCAUUCGGUUAGUAAACUGAUUGGUUCACCGCCAGGUUAUAUUGGAUUUGAAGACAAGCCGCGUUUAGAAAUUGUUCGGGAAAAGAUGAAUAGCGUUUUGCUCUUUGAUGAAGUAGAAAAGUGCCAUCCAGAAGCACUGAAUAUACUUCUGCAAAUACUAGAUAAUGGUUUCCUUACUUUAGCUAAUGGUCAAGAGGUUAAUUUUCGUAACACGAUUAUCGUUAUGACUACUAAUUUAGGUUCAGAGUUAUAUUUUUCUGGAAGAAAUCAACAUGAACUAAAAGAGGAUUUAGAGUUUAGAUUAAAGGAUUAUUUCCGCCCGGAAUUUCUGAAUCGGUUAGAUGAAAUAGUAUACUUUAAUCCUUUAACCAAGGAGGUAGUGCGAGAGAUUAUUGUUAAGGAAUUAGAAGCGUUUAUUCAGCGCGUUACUCAGGAAAAAAAUAUUAAAUUAGAAUAUAGAGAAGAAAUGGUGGAAAAAAUCUUUCAUCAAGCUUACUCAAAAGAAUACGGAGCCCGACCCAUUAAGCAUUAUAUUGAAAAGGAAAUAGGGACGUUAGUAUCACGAGGAAUUAUUUCCCAGUUUCUCCAACCAGGUGGUCAUUUUCUUUUAGAUCUUGAAAAAGAUACUAAUGAAAUUAAAAUAACUACCUUAUCUUUGUUAGAACAGAAAAAAAAUUUUUUGAAAUAA